CCACGUUUCCACUGUCACCCGAGUGGGGACCUCGUAAUAUCGAGACCUUUAGAGGGGUUCUUUGUGGAAAGCCCUGUACCUUUCAUUGGAAAACAGCAGCAGCAUGGAAAUGAAACGUGUGGACGUGCCUUGAAAUUUAAGAAGCCUUCAGAUCGUGAUGGUCCGUUGAAGGAGACAAUUUUACUUCGCGUUUUUCGUCUGAACUGUGAAUCAGUUUUCCCAGUGGCACAGGUCGGGGACUCCACAGCGUUAUUUGAAGAAGGGUAAGGGUGACACAGCUUCACUCCUUCCUUUACCGGAGCCUCUUCCUCCUUGACCGAAUCUUCCUACAGCACAGGACAUACAGCAGAAUCUCUUUCUUACGAUGGAGCCAAGUAAAAAGAUGGACCCCUCCAGCUCGCUGCAGACCAACCCGCCACUCAAGCUGCACCCUGACCGCAGCACUGGGGCGCCGGUGCUCGUCCCGGAGCAAGGAGGGUACAAGGAGAGGUUCGUGAAGGCCGUGGAGGACAAGUACAAGUGCGAGAAGUGCCGCCUGGUGCUGUGCAACCCGAAGCAGACUGAAUGUGGACACCGCUUCUGUGACAGCUGCAUGGCUGCCGUGCUGAGCUCCCCAAGCCCAAAAUGUACUGCGUGUCAAGAGAGCAUCGUCAAAGAUAAGGUGUUUAAGGACAAUUGCUGCAAGAGGGAGAUCCUGGCUCUUCAGAUCUACUGUAGGAACGAAAGUCGAGGGUGUGUGGAGCAGCUACCCCUGGGACAACUGCUGGUGCACUUGAAGAAUGACUGCCAGUUCGAAGAACUUCCGUGUGUCCGUGCUGACUGCAAAGAAAGGGUCUUGAGAAAAGACCUGCGCGACCAUGUUGAAAAAGCCUGUAAAUACCGCGAGGCCACGUGCAGCCACUGCAAAAGCCAAGUCCCGAUGAUCACGUUACAGAAACACGAAGAUACCGACUGCCCCUGUGUGGUGGUGUCCUGCCCCCACAAGUGCAGAGUCCAGACCCUCCUGCGGAGCGAGUUGAGUGCGCACUUGUCCGAGUGUGUCAAUGCCCCCAGCACCUGUAGUUUUAAGCGCUAUGGCUGCAUUUUUCAGGGGACAAACCAGCAGAUCAAGGCCCACGAGGCCAGCUCCGCGGUGCAGCAUGUCAACCUGCUGAAGGAGUGGAGCAACUCCCUAGAGAAAAAGGUGUCCUUGCUGCAGAAUGAAAGUGUGGAAAAAAACAAGAGUAUACAGAGUCUGCACAAUCAGAUAUGCAGCUUUGAAAUCGAAAUUGAGAGACAAAAGGAGAUGCUGCGAAAUAACGAAUCCAAAAUACUUCAUUUACAGCGAGUGAUUGACAGCCAAGCAGAGAAGCUGAAAGAGCUGGACAAAGAGAUCCGCCCCUUCCGGCAGAGCUGGGAGGAAGCAGAUAGCAUGAAGAGCAGCGUGGAGUCUCUGCAGAACCGUGUGACUGAGCUGGAGAGUGUGGACAAAAGCUCAGGGCAGGCAGCCCGGAACACAGGCCUGCUGGAGUCCCAGCUGAGCCGGCACGACCAGAUGCUGAGUGUGCACGACAUCCGCCUGGCAGACAUGGACCUGCGCUUCCAGGUGCUGGAGACAGCCAGCUACAACGGGGUGCUCAUCUGGAAGAUCCGGGACUACAAGCGGCGGAAGCAGGAGGCCGUCAUGGGGAAGACGCUGUCCUUGUACAGCCAGCCCUUCUACACGGGCUACUUUGGCUACAAGAUGUGCGCCCGCGUCUACCUGAAUGGGGACGGCAUGGGGAAGGGGACGCACCUGUCGCUCUUCUUCGUGAUCAUGCGCGGAGAGUAUGACGCUCUGCUUCCCUGGCCCUUCAAGCAGAAAGUGACGCUUAUGCUCAUGGACCAGGGCUCCUCUCGGCGGCACUUGGGCGACGCAUUCAAGCCCGACCCCAACAGCAGCAGCUUCAAGAAGCCCACCGGGGAGAUGAACAUCGCCUCUGGCUGCCCGGUCUUCGUGGCCCAGACUGUGCUUGAAAACGGGACGUAUAUCAAAGAUGACACCAUUUUUAUUAAAGUCAUAGUGGAUACGUCGGACCUGCCUGAUCCCUGACGAGUCUCCGGGGAGAUGGAUUGAGCAGAAGGCAACUCCUCUGGGGGGCUUUGAACCGCUGUCUCCACCAAGGUCCUCGCUCAGAAAAGGACCUUGUGGGACGGAGGAAGUGGCAGGAGGCGGCCGCGGGCCGGCAGGAGGAGCCAGUGAGGGGACGUUUCCUAAUAGACUAGCACAUUUCACCGAAGAAUUAUUUAUCCUUCGACGAGAUAAAUACUGCUUUCAGAGAAGGUCUUCAUGUUCAUUUUUAAAGAUCUCAUUAAGGAAGAAAACAUAUGCUAAAAACAGAACCGUGACUCUUCCUGAAACUUGAACACACAGAAAACACCCCCCCAUGCACACCCCGGGGCUAGCUGGACACGUCAGCAUGUUAAGUAAAAGAGGAGUUUAUGAAAUAAUCAUGCAGUUCUGAUAUAUUCGUUCUAAAACCCAAGAGUGCAAUCUUGUUUCAAAUACAGCAUAUUGUCUAUUUUGAAGGCCUCACCUGGUCUCUGUUUUAAUAAUUUGUUUGUCAGAAGACCCCGGAUGCAUCUCUGUCUUUUCUGGAAGUCGCUAAAUUCAGAAUCACUUUUUAAUUUAAAGUUCUAAGAUAAUUGUUACUGCAGACAUUUUAUUUUAAAACAAUAGACUUAUAUUUCUUGGAAGAAAAUGUAAAAUAUCAAACACUGGUUAUCACUUGUGAUAGGAAAGCAAACCUUCAACCUGUCAUUUCUCGUUAGAAAUGUAAACCUUCGAUUCCUGUUGUAGUGAGUGACACUACUUCAGAUUAUUACGAGAGGAACCGCUCAUGGAUGCUGUGCAUCAUCUCAGGUUUAUACUUGUUUUCACCCUAAAAUAGGGCAUUCGUUGAACUUUGGAGUUCUGAACAAACCCUGCAGGUUUUUAAAUUGUGUCCCACGAGUCCCAACAAGGUCUCGGCCACUGACGGCUCCGGCGCUCGGCGCCCGGUGUGCGGGUGGGGGGGACUGUGCCGAGGCGGCCACAGCAGGCGUCCCUUCAUUCUGUCAUUGCUGCAUCUGUCACGACCUCCGAAAGCAACAUCCUUGUGUAGAGAUGGUGGCAUCUGUACCUGUGCCUUAGCCGCGCACGCUGCUUCCCGACCCGGCCCGAGCCCUGUGUUCUCUGUGACUCUAGGCGGCGACCGUGUGACCAGGCUUCCUCACGACCACUCGACCACUCGCUCUGUCUCUCCCCGCCCCCGGGCAGCUCCGUCUUUGGCUUCUGGGGCCCCCCUGGUUAGUUACCACUAAUUAUCGCAGAUCCCAAAUCUCUCGGCCCCAAGGGUGAGCCGCCUGGCCCAGGCACGGGCGUGGCCCCCUCCAGCGGCACCUGCGAGCAUUCCAGAGACCGCUGCCCUGGGGGCUGCGCAGGCUGACCCUCGGCCUCUGGUGCCACCCCCGCCCUCGGGAAGGGUGGCCUCAGGGCCCGUGGGCCCAGUCUGCUCCACCUCGCCGGCAUUUUCUCAACUCACUGUUUACCUUCUCUCAAUGGUCCAACUGUGAUUAGAAGCCGGAGCCCUGCCUCCCGUGCCCCUCUGCUAUGCACCAUGCUUCAUGGGUGCUCUAACCACCGACGGGUGCUACACGUGACGGGUGCUUUGUAGGCACGACCAGUGCGUGACCCACCGCAUCCGUGCCCUCAUCCAAAAGCCGCGCCCACCCCCGGCCAGCUGGGCCGCGCACUCAGACUGCCGCCUGCCCCUGGGCUCCACGGUUGCGCGGGGACAGCGGGGUGGGUGCCGGGGCCCCCCGUGUCUCUGGUGCUGCUGUCCGCCCUGGGCGUGCCUUCGCCCCAGUGCCUGCGGGAAGCGCCCUCUUUGCACACGGCCCCGGGCUUCCGUGGUGACCUCUGGGGUUACGAUGCUCAGCUGUCUUCAUCUUCUCUCCUGUCUCCACUCCCAGGACGGCUCUGAGGGCCAGUGUCACCCGUCGGGAGUUGGUGUCCCCACUCACAGAAGAGGGACCUCGAGCAGGUGCCGCUCCCUCAGAGGCGUCCCCGCCCCCAGGCCUCGCCUGGUCCUACCCUGCAGUCCCUACCUGGCCUCAGGCAGCUUCCCGAGGUCAGGGUUACCAACAGGGACAUCCCUGCGACGUCCAGUUCUCUAACAGAUUUAGAAUAAGCAGCAUCUUGGUCUGGCCAAAAAGAAAAACAAAAGCUAAUCUUUUUCCCUCUCUCCCUGGGUUGAAGUGCUGUUGGGGGUGGGUCGGGGAAGCAUCUGUCCUGGUGGGGGGCUUGCCCCUGGCGGGGAACAAAGGGCCGCCCCUCCUCCUCCCGUGGAGCCCAUAGGACAUGGCUUUGGUAGCUGGGAAUUGGCUGUGAUGUGGCUGUGAUGUGUGGGAGCGUCAUCCUGGUUGCAGUUGGUGGCACCGGGGGUUGUGGCCUCAUGCCCACUGUUGCGCGCACACCUGUUGGGUGCUUGGGCCGUCGGAAAGCCGCCCCCUGGCUCCCUGCUCCUCCUGGCCUCUGGUGCUGGCCCUGCGGCCGAGGCCUGACCACUGAUCCUGGAGCAUCCCUUCCCCUCACGGUCCGGCAGCAAGUACAGGUGUCCGAUGUGGUGUGAUUGGGUGCACUUUCCCGUUUACUAAGAGUGACAAAGUUCCGCACAGGACAAAAGUUCUGAUACUUUAGAGAAACCGACUCUCUCGACUUCCCCGUGGCCUCGUGCUGCAGCGAAGGUGCGUGGGUACAGGGGCUGGCAGUGGGGUCCACGUGCCCCUGAGGGCUGUGACCUGGCUGAGGCCCACUGCCCAGGCCUUUUUUACAAGCGGGUCUUACAUUCCCUGGGCUUCACAGGUAAUAGGGUAGCGUAGGAAUGUGUGCGAGUCCUCAGACCUGCUGGAGGAGAGGGUGGCACUAACCCCUGGGCGAGGCUUUGUUUGCGCUCACUGCCGAGGACAGGAGGGGCAUGGUGACAGCUGCUGUCAGGACCCCAGUUCCCAGUCACCUGGUGCCCCUGGCACCCCUGAUGCAGCGGCUCCUUCCUGCUCUGUGACCCCAGAGGGCUGUGGCGGGAAAGCCUGCCCUCCCUGCUGGCCGCCUCCACCAGGCCUUCAGCUGCCAGCGGGUUCCAGUGGUCUCAGGCAGAUCUGACGCCUCCAAGGCUUCUCCUGGACCACAGGGGACAGCCAGCCUGUCUCCUCCAGGGUCCUCAGCUGCCCGGGGUCGAGCCCCAUGCCCCAGUUGACACCUAUGGUCGUCACCAGCAGCACCCCUUCACUCUUGGUGGCGGUCCCCCGUGGCUGGCCCAGCACCCUGCAGCAGGGGGACAACAUCGGCAGAUGAAAGGGUGUCUGGAUGGACCCUUAAACACAGCCGGUCCUGAGGUGGGUCAUCCCUCAUCCGGCUAAGGGGAGCGGGGAGAUAGGCAGGACCCCAACUCACACCCUGGGGCCCAGUGCCUGCAGCAGCCAGGCCCCCAGCCCCUGUCCCCCAGCACUGAAGGAGUGAAGCCUGUGCUGUCAUCCUGGGCCUCACAGACGUGUCCAGCCCCAGCACCUCGCUGUCUUCCCGGGGCAGGGCCGAGGCUCAAAGCGUGUCCCCCCUGCCCAGGGUGACUCGUGCUGGACAGGGCUGGGCAGGGCUGUGAGUCCUGGUUUUUACUUCUAGACCAGAUCUUUAUUGGGCUGCAGAGGUGAGCUGGGGGCUCCAGCGGCCCCUUUGCACUUGUGAGUGUUGGUGAUGAGGGAGAGGUCCGCCACCCAGAUUGACUUCCCAGCCGAGACCGUGGUUCUGUCUUCCGUUGGCCAGUCUCAGUAGUUGCGGUUUCUCCAAAGUGAACCAUGUCCACCAGGCCCGGGUCAGGGGAGGCCAGCGUGAGGCUCCAGUUAAGGCAGGUGACCCGGUCGUCACUCCUGCGUGUUGGGGCCGUGCUGGCUGUCACCGGGGAGCCAGGCUCAGUGGGGAAGGGGGCGAGGCCGAGGCCUCCUGGGGCAUGCGCCCCUGCCCCGGGGGUGAGGGCUCCGUGCAUUUCAUCCUCUCGCUGCUCCCCCGUCCGCAGCCUGUGUUGUGAGCUUGCCGAGGCGGCGGACGCCCGGGACGGCUGCAGCUGCGGCUGCGGGGUUGGCUCCGUAACUCAGUCCCCUUAGACAAGGAAGGUGACCUUCAACAGCAAACUCAGUGACCUAAUUGGCAACCACAAACUCGUCGUAUUCCCAAGGGUUUCUACAAGAGUCCUCUGUAGGAACCCCUGUGACCAGGAAGUGUGUAAAUCCAGGCACACGACUGCGAAACGUUUCAGAAUCGCACUCUUUCCCGGCACACCUCUCCGUCCAGUUCUUACCCAAAACAAAGACCAAAGAAGGCCGAUCUCUCAUUUGACUCUAUUUAAUCUGCCUGUUUCACAAACCGCCGUCCGCGGUGACCGCUCGCUGUGAGGACCCAUCUUGACGGUGCAAGUGAGUGUGACGACCAGUGAUUCACGUCUGUUUUUCUGCUCUUCUAAGAAAACAACAACAACAACAAGACCGUGUGAGUUAUUGCUCAGCAAUAAUCAUGUUGUUCAUCCGCGUUAAUAACAUGUCUGAUUUUCUAAUAGCAUUAUUAUGUUUUAUAUUUUUGUUUACUGUACAUUGUGUGUGGUUUUAUUUGGUAUUUAUUUGUGUUUUGAGGUCUUGCAAUGUGUUUGUGUUCCUGAUGCUAAUAACUAAAGUUUGUAAGAGUAUAGAAUGCAAAACUGAAAUGCUGAACUGUCUUAUUAGAGGAAAAUAAACCUGACUAAGGACUC